AUGCGCUCGACAGAUGCUGGCGGCGGCAAGCGGCCCCACGUCAGCGUGUACGAAACCCUCGGCGGCGCCGCCAACGCGUCUCGAGGCGGGCGCGGCGGCGCCAAGAACAGCAGCAAGGGCGGCAGCAGGCGCAGCGGCGGCGGCGCGUGGUCGCAAGAGGACGAGCUCCACAAUCUAUUUUUCGAAGAGAUCGACCUCCGCCACCACAAGAGCGGCGCGGAGCGCGCGCGCGCGCGGCGGCUGAAGAAGCUCGCGCGGCGCAUCAAAGGGCGAGGCCGCGUGGCGUCGGCGUGGGCGGAGUUUGGGUACUUUGAUUCGUCGGACGAUGAGGCAUCAGCCGGCGGGGCGGGGGCCAACAGUGGGUGGCAGCAGCAUUACCGAGAGGAUUGGAAGUGGUGGGACGACGAGGACGAGAGGCGCUGGUUCGAGGAGCAGUGGCGGCAGCACACGCACCGGCAGGAGCAGCAGCAGCGCAGCCACGGAGGGACGCGGCAGUGGUGGGAGCAGUUUGAGUCCGCGCACGAGCAGCAGCAGCAGCGGUGGCAGCGGGCGCAGCAGCAGAGCCAGCAGCAGCAGCAGUACCGUCAGCAGCAGCAGCAGCAGCAGGGUGCAGGCUCUCGCCCGCACGCGCCGUCCGUGCUGUUGCACCUCCAGGCACUGGGCCUGCCCAGCACGGCAGCGCUGGAGCCGGCGAUUAUCAAGGCCGCCUUCCACAAAGCAGCAAUGCAGGCGCGGAUGUGGCACCCCGACAAACACCUCAACGCGGGCCAGGCUGCGAGGUGCCUGGCGGAAGACAAAUUCAAGGCGGCGCGGUCCGCCUACGAGGCGCUCAUUGCCGACCACCGCGGCGGGUAG